CGUCGUCGUAUCAAACAAGUUUCCUUCUUUUGGGGCUAUUCUUCUUCAGUUCAGUCUCUCCGACUCCCUCAAUUUUCAACACUCACAAGAUUGAUUGCAAGAGAAGAAAUAGAAUGGGGAAAGAAGUUGAUUACAAAAAGUUCACUUGGGUUAUUAAGGAUUUUUGCUCUCUCCAAUCUGGGAAAAUUUACUCGGAUGAAUUCGUCGCUGAUGGCUGCAAAUGGCGUCUUCUGGCCUUCCCUAAAGGGAAUGGUGUUAAGUAUUUGUCACUGUAUCUAGACGUUGCUGGUGCUGAGUUUUUGCCUGAUGGAUGGAGAAGACAUGCGGAUUUUAAAUUAAGCGUAGUGAAUCAACUCUCUGAAGAUCUCUUUCAAACUAAAGGGUUGAAUCUGAAUUGGUUGAAGGAGAAACUGGAACAAGUAUCAGAAAAGAAGGAGAAGGAGGAAGCUGGUGAGACUCGGGUGCAAGAAAUUGAGGAAGACUUGAAGAAAUUGAAGCAGAAGUGCUCAGACAUGGAAGCUCAGCUAGAGAAGGAGAAAGCAGAUGUGUCUGUAGCCAGAGCUCCUCUCUCGUUCGAUGAUGUUGUUUAACGGCUUCUGGCUUCGUGGUCUUAUAGUUCUGAUAAGCUGCUUAAUUAGGUUGGAUGUUAUAUAUUUCGUGGUUUUUGAUGAGCUGUUAGGUUUGCUUAAUGCAUUGUGUUUCUUGUAAAGAAGUAAUGUGGUUCCUGGACGACUCGAUAGAUUUUGGUGUACUUCAAGUUCGUUUAUGGAGUAUUUCUUUUGAGAUC